CGGAAACCACUCACUCACACGCGCACUCACGGACAGACAGAUAGACAGGGGAUGUACUUGUGCUGAGACUGGAAAGUGCGUCAGUAACUGCGCUGGGGUUUUUGUGAUACUUCAACAUGAAAAUGAGAGGCAGCUGUUGAUAGACAGAUGGCUUUAUUCCUGGAGGGGACAGUAACAAGCAGUGCCAUGGAAAUGUCAAACUUUGCCCAUGUCAUCUUCCAGAAUGUGGGGAAGAGUUACCUCCCUCACGCAACAUUAGAGUGCCAUUACACCCUCACACAGUUCAUUAAACCACAUCCCAAGGACUGGGUCGGCAUAUUCAAGGUUGGUUGGAGUACUGCUCGUGACUACUACACGUUCCUGUGGUCACCUCUUCCAGACAACUACACUGAGGGAAUCGCGAUCAACAGAUCUGUGGUCUUCCAAGGUUACUAUGUCCCGAACGAUGAUGGCGAGUUCUACCAAUUCUGCUAUGUGACGCAUAAGGGAGAGAUCCGUGGAGCCAGCACUCCAUUCCAGUUCCGUGCUGGCAGCCCCACAGAGGAGGAACUGCUGACAAUGGAGGAUGAAGGUGGAUCAGACAUCCUGGUUGUCACCACCAAGGCCAGUUACCUGGAGCAAAAAAUGGAGCAAAUUCAACAGGAAAAGAAGGAGCUCUUGGAGACCCUGGACCUGCUGCAGAAAGAGAGGAAUGAACUGAACGAGGAGAAGAAUAGACUACAGAAAGAAUACGAGCAGGAGCAAAAGAGCAGCGCUCAGCUCAGGAAAGAUGUGCAGGAGUUACAGCUCUCUGCCCAGAGCUUGCAGGUUGAGAGAGAAGAGGUGAAAAGGAGAAUGGAUGAGAGUACUGCUCGACUGCUGCAGUUAGAAGAAGAUCUGAUCGGAGUCACCCAGAAAGGCCUGCAGAAGGAGACCGAACUAGACUGCCUGAAGGAUCGAGUGAAGAAGUUAACCUUGGAGAAAGAGGCUCUUGAAUGUCAACUGAAGAAUGAGAAAGAUGAGAAGGAGCUUUAUAAGAUUCACCUGAAGAACCGGGAGCUGGAAAACACGAAGCUGAGUUCUGAACUGCAGAUGCUGAAGUCUGUGGAUGUGAAUAAGGAGAACACCAUUGCUCAGCUGAAAGAGGAGCUCAUUAGAGUCAAAGCCUGUCUGGCAGAGAAAGACAAACAGUACCUGCAGCUACUGGCUAACAGUUCACCCUCGAGGGAAAGUGCUGCUCUUAGGGAGCAGCUCAGGCAGAAAGAGGAACGGUUGCGUGACUACUCCAGCACCCAUGACCGAAGUAUGACCGAGCUUUACCGUGUCCGUCUGGAGGUCGAGUCAUUCAAAAAGGGAGAGGCAGAGGCGCGAGCUGAGUGCAGCCAUCUGGAAAAGCAGCUGGAAGAGAUGAAAAACUCAGCCCAGCAGGAGGCGCAGUGUAAGGAACAAGGAGAACACCAUUGUUCAGAAAAUAUGGAGAAGACCAUUGCUCAGCUGAAGGAGGAGCUCAUUAGAGUCAAAGCCUGUCUGGCAGAGAAAGACAAACAGCAUCGCCUGCUACUGGACAGCAGUACACCCUCGGGGGAAAGUAAAGCUCUUCAGGAGCAGCUCAGGCAGAAAGAGGAACAGUUGCAAGCUACGCAGCAACAGGUGAAUAUGCUGUCAGCUGAGCUGCGCGACUCCUCUAACGCCCGUGACAGAAGCAUGGCCGAGCUCUACCGUAUCCGUCUGGAGGCUGAGUCCUUAAAGAAGGGACAGGCUGAGGCCCACGAAGAGUGCAGCCACCUGAAGAAGCAGCUGGAGGAGAUGAAAAACUCAGCCCAGCAGGAGGCGUGUAAAGAAUUUGAAGAGUCUGCUGUAACGGAACUGCAAAGAGAGGUUGAAGAUCUACGGCUCAGACUGCAGAUGGCUGCUGAACACUAUAAAGAUAAAUAUAAGGAAUGCCAGAAGCUACAGAAACAAGUGACCAAGCUCACUGAGUUGCAAGGAGUGAAGAGAAGUCCAGGGUCUGAACCAACAACUGGUCCUUUGUCUGCCAGUCCAGAGGCAUCUGCACCAGGAAGCCCAGGUACAUCAGACGCAGUGCUAGAUGCCAUCAUCCAGUGCAAGCUGAAAACUACAAGCAAGGAGCCAGACAAAAAUGACAAAUACAGAAAAUACAAACAGAUGCUUAGUGAGGAGCGAGAGCGUUGCAGCACGAUGACUGAUGAGCUCACAAAGAUGGAGGUGAAACUAAAGGAGCAGAUGAAGACCAGUGAGAGUCUGCGAAUACAGCUGGCUGCUGAGGAGGAUCGUUAUAAGAGCCAGGUGUCGGAGAAAGGCCGGGAACUGAAGGAGCUGAAGGACAGUCUUGUUGCAUUGACCAAAGAAAAAGAGAAACUGGAGGGGGAGUUGCAGAGGAGUGUCAGCAGGGAGGAAGAAAACGGAAAGAAAGAUGGCAACCUGGAUGUGCAGUCAGUUUUCUUGCAGUACCCAAUGCCAUACCCUCAGGAUGACCCAUCUCCCCUGCUGGUGCCCCAGCACCCCUCUGAACUGAUGUUUGGGAACCCAUACUCUUCAACUGACUCCCGGGAUGGAGCUGAUGGAGAGUUCUCUGAUGACCAAAUGCCCCGACUGCCCCCAGUUGGGCUUCUAUCCUGGGACAGCAAUGUGGUAUGCAUACAGCCCUCCCGUAACCUCAGUCGCCCUGAUGGACUGGAGGAACAAGAAGAGCUACAAACCACUCAAACCAAUGAUCAACCUACAGCCAGUGACCCCACAGAAUUCCUCAAUGAUGGACAGAUGCCAUUCUGCUUUGAGCCCGGCAGUGGGGAGCAGCAGAAGCGCUGUCCGCUGUGUGAAGUGAUCUUCCCUCCUCACUAUGACCAGUCUAAAUUUGAGGAGCACGUGGAGAGCCACUGGAAGAUCUGCCCCAUGUGCAGCGAACAGUUCCCUCUUGACUGCGACCAGCAGCUCUUCGAGAAACACGUCCUCACCCACUUUGAAAGUAACAUGCUCAACUUUUAGUCAGGCCGCUGGCAGAGAAAGAAUAUUCGCCUCCACUCAUCAUUCUGCUCAUUUAUGUUAGUGUUUAACGGCCACUGUAAACUGCAUGAUUAGCUUUGAGCAUUCACCUGUAGAUAUCUGAUUCUUCGAGACACAAGCAAGGUGAAGAGCGGAUACUGUUGAAUACCAAGUGAUUUGAGUGAUAGAAAUGCGUGUCAUUUUAGGGUCUUUAUUUAUGUCCUUUAUAAUGGGGAAUUAUUUCUGUGAACAGGACUGCACUAUUCAUUCUGAUUCACUUUAAACGUCUCAUGUAAAAGCUAGUUGGUCAGGUGGUUAUGAUUACUUUAAGAAUACUCAGUAAAUGUCAUAUUUUGAGAACUGUCCCAAGGCUCCACUGAUUAAGUCAGGUAUCGCCUAUUAUACUCUGUGCAGGCAGAGCACGGCUUCUUCUGUCAGGGCAUGUAUGUGAUGAGAACUAAUAGGGUAAUUCAACAUUAUAAAAUGAUCUAUUUUGGAACAAGCUUUUAAAGACAAAUCUUGAUGAUCAAAGUGUUUUUCCUUUAUCUAUUUAAAUCACUUAUUUUUAAUUUGCAUGCUCAUGUUUACUGUGCACUGUAUCACAAAUGUUUUUGUUCAAUUUCCAUAGUUAAAAACGUAAGGUUUUUACUUGUGUGAGUGUGCCUUAUAUACCUGAUCUAAACCAAUAAAGAUUUCAUUUGAAGCAAUAUUUAGAUGGC